CUUUGGAGGUGGGCAUUAAAUAGGAAAAGUAUGGAUACAGGAGCUGUAUAGUAUUUUAUAGUAUCUACAUUGUUGCCCUCUGUAAGCUUAUACACCGAAAUUAGUCACAUGGAGGGAAAGAAGAUAAUAUCAGAGUUUCAGUCCUUGAAUUCUUGGGAUGGUUUUGAUGCUAGAGCUCGAGUAAAGGGCUUCCUGGAUAAUGUACUGAGUAGCUCGAAACUAUCUAAAACGACUCCUGCGCAAUGUGAACUGUUCUGUUUGAAGCUACUCCGACUCUGUGCUGAGAGACUGAGAUCCAAGAGUGACGUUAAAGUAUUCCCAGAUAUCGGCUUACUUUGUGUGCACAAUCUGAACGAGACCAGCGGAUCAUCAGGGAAAUCCCCUAAGCUAGCAUUCGAGAAAAUUCUCCUCCACUUUGCAAGAGCCUGUCUUGCCAACAAGCUCUUCGGCGAGUGUGAGGAAUCGAUGGGUGUACUUUAUACACAGCUGACGAAGACCCAGGAAACGGCCUCAGGGGACGUGAUGGAUCUGUUGCAGCACUCGUAUGAUACGUUAUGUGAAGCGUGUGUUAAAGCAAAGGAAUAUAUCAGCUUGGAAAAGAUCUUGGACCUGAAGAAACAGGCUCUCAAAUGUCUCCUAGCCAGUAAAGAGAGUAAUUUGUGUACAGUUUUCGAGAAAGCUCAGAUAGGCGAUCAGUUAUACCGGAAGGCAAUCCGCCAGAAGCUGAAACUAAACUCAGACUCUGAUUUAACCUCUGAACACUACAAAGUAUUGUUUGAUUUCCACCGAGGAGUUUUGAAGAUUGAGCAUUACCUUAAGAAGAAUCUGUCUUGUCACGUGCUUGUGCCUGUGUGUCAGUAUGCACUGGCUGUGGUGAAGGUGUGUGUACUAGGUCAGAGGGUGGAGGAAGGAACUAAGCUGCUCUCUCGUACAAGGGACCUGGUGAGGACUCAUCGCUGCAAGGAGUGUGUACAUGGCGAUAUGGAGGCACUCAAGUGUCAGCUGGAGGCUAUGCAAGUGUGGAAGGCUAUGGAGAAUGGAGACUGGCUUAGUGACAAAAGUCGAUCUUCUCUACAACAACUUUCCAUGGGGCUUGGUAAACAGUCAUCCUUAAGCACCACUCCCUCUGUCCUCCUCAAGCUAGUGGAGACCCUGGAGCUGGUCAUCGUGGGAGCAGUACAGACUCACAAAGAGGCACUGUUAAUGGAGGCAGCCUCUAGAGACAGUCACGUGUUCCAGCGGGUCAGGACAAUCAUCACAACAGCUGUCACCCUGCUCGAUGUAUUCUUGAAGAAUCCUCCAAAGGGCCAUCCUGCCACUCUCGAGCAGAAAGGGCGUAAACGACAACUGGAUUUACUUCGUUUCCAUGGUAGCAUCCUUGUUAAUGUGUUGACCUCUACGAUGGAGCUGGAAGGCAGCCGUAGCUCCAGUUGCAGUCAUGUGAUGUUAAGCCCUGCCCACAAUGACAUAGCCUCUUCCUUUUACCCUGUUCUGAAGCAAUCACAAGACAUCCUGAAGAAGGCUGGCACUAGUCUGUGUGUGACUGAGCAUCGCUGGCUGGGUGCUGAUGCACUCAACAUUGGGAAUGCUCUACUGGACCACGACCAACAGUCCGAAGCCUGUCAGGUGUUCUCUCUGGGUCUGGAGGAGCUACUCGUGUGGGUGAUGGAUGGGGAGGGAGCUAACACUCAGCUGAGCAGGGCCAAAGAGGUUCAACUGUUUGAAGCUGUGGUCAUUCUAGCUGAUGUACAGAGGAGUGCCCUGAAUGCUGAGACAGCACUAACCACCUUAUCCACUACCCUAACCUCUCUACCCGUCUCUAUACUCUCUACCCCUGACUGUGUGGACACUAUUACCGCUGUGUGGGCCAAAACAAAGGAGUUUGUGAGAAGUCAAAUGAGAGAAGCAUCCUCCCCCCCAGUAGGGGUCACACUCCCUGAGUUGCUGGGGAGGACGAUAGUGGAGGGAGCUAAGAGACUGCCAGACUCUGUGAAGAUACUUUAUCUAGAGGGAGAACUAAAGGCUGGCAAGACCUGUGGCCUCUCUUGUGUAGCCCUACUCCCGGCAGUGGACGCCCUCCUCACCCUCCACACCUCACACACUGAGAGGGCACGGCUCACCAUAGAGAAGGCUAUCCUCUCCAGGGGGCGUGGUCAGGCCACCAUCCUUCUCGAGGAAGCCAUGGGAAUACUGAAGCAUGUUGGUGAAGCUCGUGCGUACGAGCAGCUGGCCAUUGCUCAUCUGUGGAAGGCAAUAUGUGUAGGGGAGCAGAUCAUUGGGUUACCAUCUUCCUCUGAUGCCUCAUCAACUGCAACUCCUAACGAUGGGACUAAACGCCGCGACGAGGUGGAGCAAGAAAGGGAAACAGCACUCUCACAUGAGGAAGAAAAAUUGAUGAUGUCAGAUGACAUCCCACAGAGCCUCCACUCUUCAGUAGAUCACUGGGAGAAGCUGCUCUCAGCCAACCAGCUUUCAGUGAGUGAUCUCAGCAGUCAGUACCUCUCCCUGACUGCACAGUUCUCUCUAGCACACUCUCAGCCGCUCCUGGCACUGCGUACGCUGAAGGUCCUGUUAGAGUUGUCUCCACCCACUCACACCUCCACACCAGCCAGGGUCACACGCCUCAGCGCCCUCGCUCUCUACUCGGACCUUUUGCUAUCCUUUGGAGCACCCUUAGAGCAACAGCUGACUGAGCUAGAGACAGCAGCAGAGGAGAGAGUUGGGUGUGGUCUGAGUCGGAGGGAGACUCUGGAACUCUCUGUGGUACUGGCCAACUGUCGAUUGUCUCUGGCCAGAGUGCACCUCAGCAGAGGACAGGUGGAGUCCUCUCGUAGUCUACUACUGAGCGUGCUCACUGACAGCUGCCUCAAGGAGACCGGCUCGUUGCCCUUUGACCUUGUAGCAAGGGCCAAGCUAUUAGCAGCAGAUCUCAUUCAACAAGAAGGAUUCGUUGUAAAGAGCACUUCUGAGCUUUUGAGCAGUAUGAGCAGUGGUGCUGAUGAGAGGGGAUUGUUCAAGCUUACUCCUAUAGAGUUGGUCAUCGAUGCAUCUCGGCUAAUGAUCAAACUGGCAGAUCACAAGAAAGUGCUUGAAGAGGCAGACACUGUUGACCAACCAGAGGACCUAAACAAAGCAUUCACUGAUGCUGACACAUUGGAGAAGGCCACACCCACCUUCUCGUCCAACGUAGGGGCGUGGCACAUCCUGGUGGGCUUAUUGGAGUCCCUACGCAGAGUGACGACACUCUACCUCUGUCAGGGCCACCUCAGGAAGGCUCACACAAAGGCCAGGGAGGGAGCCAUGAUGGCCAAACAAGUACUGCUACAGGGAUGGUAUAUGGAGUUUCUGCUGCUGCUGACAGAGAUACACACCAUGUUGGGCUCCUACCAUCUCUCCUCUCUCCACUCUACACAAGUCGCCACUCUGCUCGAAUUUCCACUACCAGCAUCUAUUGAAGGCAACAAUGAUGGAGAUGAUGAGACUGUUGAAGGCAAGAAAGACGAGAGUGGAGGGGCCAAAAAACGAGAAAAAGAACCUCAAUGUGCAGAUGUGUCGCUAACCAGCAUCGACUCAGAUUCUUUACAUUUAUCAGAUUCAUUAGAUUCAUCAGGUUCAUCUGAUUCAUCAUUCAACUCAACAUUCUCCUCAACAUUAUUGCAUGGACGAGAGCGAUUUUCCCCGUCCACCCACCCCUCCAAAUGUGACUGCUCUCUGUGCAGCAGUCUGAUAGCCAACGGUCACUUGGGGAGACUACUAGCCCUGUACUGCUCCAACACGCUGGACCAAACCCUCCACACAAUGGGACAAUCCUCGUCACAGCAAGAACAAGACAAGGUUAGAAUCGUUUCCACUCAACUCAUGUCAAUACUGCAUAAAGGAAAGGAGUUAUUGAAACAAAGGAAACAGCAGUGUGAGACUAUGUUAUCCAGUCAUCUACAGCAACCCAAGAAAGAGCUAAAGAAGAAGUCCAAAUCGACCAAAAAAUAUUCGGCCUCUAUCAUCCCCACACACCCAGCAUUCAUUGUGGGCCUAACAGAACUAUCACUAACGAUUGGAGAAUGUCACCUAGCUUUGUUACAACCUACACAGGCUAUAGAUCACAUCAGCUCAACUCUGACUGAACUAGGACUGCCUCAAAACUUGAAGGAGAUUUGUGGCUGCACUCAUCACCAUCACAAACUCUCCUUGUGUCUAGCCAAGGCACAAUACACUCUAGGGGUGGCCAGACUUCAACAAAUAGAGCAGACACAGCCUGAGCUUGCCAAACGAAUCUGGUCCAACCCCACAACUGUAGUUGAUAAAGAAAACGAAGGAGCUGCUUCCGAAGUUAAAAAAUCGACUCGAAGUGCUCGAAAAACUCGUACCACCAAGGCUUUGUCAGAAAUAAACACUACCAAAGAAAGUCGCUUAAAACCGGAUUGUUUGAAACCUAAAAAUGAUACUCAGUUUCCAAGCGAGCCUUUGGAUCACCUCAUUCUGUCCUACCAAUUGGGAGUUGUACUGGGCUCGUCAGUGUUAGUGAGGGACUGUUGUCGUUGGCUGUGUGUCCUGCUGAGUAUGGAGGUCUCUACUGCUGAUCUGUGUCCACUCUUCCUGGCUGAGAGCAUGGCAGUGUCUCUCUCUCAUCACACCUCUCUCACUCUGGGCGUGAAAAUCAGGAGUCAGGUAUCCUCCAAGAGUCCAUUUCAACAUGCGUCUGAGACUGUGAGCACCCUCACACCUCACACACCUUCACAGGCCAUCCCCUCGUCCCUCGAGAAAGCUCGUCAUGCCCUCCAUACACCCUCACACUCCUCACUACCUCACGACUGGGUCAUGUGCACCAUCGCCCCCGCCCCCGUCACACAUUACACACACCCACAGCAUAUUUUAAUUAGCCGAAUCAGUGAGGAGCCGAAAUCGAAGAAGGCAGCCAGAAGUAAAUUGAAACCACCCGGAGAAAGCAGCACUUCCAUGUUUUUGAAGAUGUCUCUACCUACCGGAGGAUUAGAUAGUUUCUUGAGGGAAUUCGAUGAUCUACAGAAGAGAAUGAAUGAGAGUAUGCAUCCAUGUGAGAUACGCAAGUGGUGGGCAGCUCGCAGACAGUUGGAUACUGAAAUGGAGAGACUGUUUGUCAAGUUUGAGCGUACCUAUGUUGGUUCGUGGUUUCCCCCUCUCUGUUUGUCAGCUGGUGGGGCUGUGAUCCUGGUGCUCGGUGAGAGGGUGGUGGGCUUACCGUGGGAGUCACUCUCGCUGCUAGCUGACAAGGUCGUGUGUAGGAUGCCCUCGUUGAAAUUCACUACUGCACACAUGCACAUGACUGAGCACACAGGGGAGGUGACAGUGAACCAAGACUCAGCGUUCUACGUGCUCAAUCCAGGGGGAGAUUUGCUCAAGACUCAGUCCGUGUUUGCCACCUGGUUCAACACGCAGGAGGGUUGGGAGGGGGUCGUUGGUAGACCCCCCACAGACACGGAGUACACUUCAGCAUUGCAAAGCAAAGAUCUCUAUGUGUAUUGUGGUCACAGCUUUGGCAACUUCCUAACCAGUUCUGGUUUCCAACAACUCUCCUGUCGCUCGACUGCACUGCUCCUCGGCUGUAGCUCCGCCCACUUACAAGAGGGCGGGAGGAGUGAUCCAAUGGGCCCAACACUUAAUUUCCUCAUGUCUGGAAGUCCGUCAGUGGUGGGGUGCCUUUGGAACGUCUCUGACGGUGACAUUGAUCGUUUCAGUCGAGCACUGUUCAAGUCUACCAAGAAAUCGAACUCCCACCUCUCAACAAUGGUGGCCGAGUCUAAACAAGCUUGCAAGCUACCCUGGGUCACUGGUGCUGCCGCCGUGGUGUAUGGAGUCCCUGUCACAUUCAGAGACUAAGAAACACUGUUACAGUACCAGUCAGUGGACACUCAACAUCUCAGUAAUCAUAUAAUGCUACAUAACUAUUGUUUGACUGUGCGUAUGUAUACACAACUGUAGUUUUUCUGUUAUAAUUAUUGUAUAUAUUCUCUCUCUGUUUUGGACUCGUAUAAAUAUUUUGACUCACUACA